UGUGUCCCUGCCCUCCUGACAGCGUAGUUAAAGCUCCCAUCGUGGCACGGCAUUCAGUAUGGAGCUGCACACUGGGAUUUAGCUACUCUAGGCAAAUACAGCCGAGGAAGAACAGAGAGGCCCCUGUGUGUGUGUGUCUAUGUGUGUGUGUGUGUGUGUGUGUCAGACUGCUCAACAGCAUCAUGGACACAGAAUAUUCUAAGAGAGUGUACCAAGGCGUUCGAGUCAAGCACACAGUCAAAGACCUGCUGGCGGAGAAGCGAUCCCGACAAACAACUGGGCCCAGAUACGGUGGAGGAUCGACAACUCCACCUUCAUUUGUCCAGAUGCCAGGGUCUCACAUGCUGCCCAGCUACUAUGGCAUGAGGCGUCCCUUCAUCUCAGAGUCAGACUUCUGCCAGUCCACCAAGCAGUUCUCUCCUGACAUCUAUUCGUCCACUCUGGGAGGUAAACCUCUGGGCUGCGAGCCCUCCGCCAUGAGCAGCUACUCCUCCCUCAUUGACAGCUACUACCCAGAGACCUUCGGUGAUUACCGCAGCGCCGCCGCCUUCUCCAGCUCUGGAGGAUCCUUUCUCCCCUCAUCGGCCCUCUCAUCCCUGCUGCCUUUCGGUGGAGAGUCCUCGCAUUUAUUUCUGAGAGACUCAUGGGAGCAGUCAGUACCAGAGCCAGUUUCCCAGGUGGAGGCUCUGUGUCCAGACAGCCUGGCCUCCGUCAACGUCCCGCCCUCCAUGUCCAGCCCAGAGCACCCAGGGAGCCCCUCCCAGUACCGCUCCCCCAGCCGAGGCUCCUCUAUGGGCCCCGUGUCUAGCAGCCAACCCUACACCCUGCACUCUCUGGAGGACGCCCACUACCACUCCUUAACCACCACCAGCUCCUACCCGGUCCCCUCCACAUCCUUUGCCUGCCCUCCCUACAUGAGCAGCCCCGUCAGCGACCUGGUGUCCAAGAUGGUGACAGAGGAGGCAGCUGACAGCCACGCCAGCCUCCCUGCCAAUGGCGAGGCUCACUCCUGCUGGGCCAAAGAGGACGGAGUGAGCUCCUGGUCGCCCUACGAGAUCAGGAGGGCUUACUGACUGGAUGCCGGGCCUGAGGUUCCGAGUCCAUAGGAAGAUGGAGAUUUUACAGACAAUUAAAUAAUGGACUCAACAAGCACUUGACAAUACAGAGGAAACACACUCAGUCAAACAGUCGUGAAGUGUUUUGUUGAAAGGACAAUGUCAGUGCAAGAUUCAAGUUUGAAUAUGUUGGUAGGAGUGUGGUAGCCUAUGUUGACCAAGGUGCCCAUAGUACACCCUGACAUGAUGUAAAAAGUGUGUCUUUAUUGUUUGAUUUGUAUUAAAAGAGUGACAAGUAUGGAUUUGAUUAGAUUUAAAUCACACCAUAAGCCUUAAAACUAAAAAACAAACAAACUUUGUAAAACAAAAUUUAGUACAGUUAAUAAAAUAGGGCUGUUACCGUCAUGUGUAUAAUAUGAGGACUUGUUAUGAAAAACUAAGAGAACAUGUUACAUGCUUAAGACCCUUAAACUUACCUGGGAGGGGGUACCUCUUCAGUCGGUAAAGGGUAAGAUUGUGGAGUGGCUCCACUGACAUAUAGAGUAAACAUGUCUGAUCUUUAGUAUAUUUAAUGCGACAUUAACCAAUAAACAAUAAGUUGACUGUGAUGGAAAUUCUUGUUAGCGAGUCAACUCUUAUUGAAGGAGAAGGUUUUAGGAAACUCAGGCUGUCUUACACAGCAUUACAUCCCUUUGCUGUACCAUAGAGUCUAUCAUGUGUCUGUAGCAAAGGGAGAGAGCAGUCAGCCUGGGUCUACAGGCUACCAAACGUGCAACUUGACCACAACGCCAAAGAGCCAGGCUCGCUGGUGCCACAGUCAGAAAGCAUACACACCCGUAGUGACGGUACUCUGUCACAGUAUCCCAUAAAGGGUCAUUCUUUGCUGGCCUAAAUAUGUGUAGGCAUCCAAAUGGAAGCUAGACUCCAAUACAUAACCUAAGUCGUGUUUGGAGCCGGAGGUCACAUGUAUUGCAUUCAAAGUAGAGACAGUCUGUAAACAUAUAAGAUCGAAGAAGCACACCAAACCCCUGUACAUCCUGUCCUUAGGCUCCAAGUUAAUGACUUUUUAAUUCCCAAUGUACACAGGUUUCAUCAUGCACACAGGGAAAGACAGCCGCUUGAACUAUUGAUGGAGAGACAGAGAUCAUUCUGUUUCUAUGUAUGCAAGUGACCUGAAAAUUGUACAUAUAUGAACCACACCUCUCCUUUAACACCACCUGCUGUGCUUGAGAAUUUAGAAAACUUGUUAGAGCAAAGAAGUGAAUAGACCCAUGGUUGAAACUGCUCAUCUAAGUGGUAAUACUCUGAAGGCAAACUUGGCCAAACCUACUGGGUAAAAAAGAGACAUUGGCAACGUCAGCAUCACUGUGUCUUGAAUGGAAACAAUAUUGUGGCAAUAUCCACUUUUACAGAAUACACAGUGUUUAUUAAAAGUUCAGUUGAAAACAGUUGGAACAUGACUGGUGGUGCUGCUGAAAGGGGUUAGCUAAUCAGGGCAGUAGGGGUACAUCAGACAAAAAAUGUAGAGAUCCACAGCUUUAGCACAUGGGUCAGCGGUGACCCUUAUUCAAGGAGAGUGUUAGAUAUGGCUCAAUACAGAAUUAAACAACUAUAUAUAAUUUAGGUUAAGAAAAUAGAACAAUACAACAACUGAGAGCCUGAAAAGUAUGAUGAAGACAUUACUUCAGGCGUCUCAGUGGGUACAUUGUUGCAAAUAGAAUGAAAUUAUGCAAGUCUGCUUUCUGCUGGGGGGUACCCUGGGCAAUACUUUACUUUAACCCCCCUAUAGCAUUCAAAAAGCACAAUCUAAACAAUAAUAAAUACCUUAUAACUUAUUACUCACUAAAUAUAGUGGUAAAUAGAUAAGGCUAAGACAUUUUUGUGUUUCAUGUCUUUGUCACAAAAGACACCAAACAAAUGCUAAGACAUAAAGGCUCCUUUAAUGCACAUUUGACAACAUUGAACAGAAAGUCCUUUGCUUUAUUACAAAUGAUUGAUGAAGUGAGUCAAUAUUUAAACCCUGCCAGAUAUCAAUUUAACAGUAAAGUAAAGCAUUAACUGUGUAUAUAUUCACAGGUAAGUAUAAAACUAUUAAGAAAUAUAUCUGACACUAGUGAUGAUAUUAUUACUUGUUAAUAUUUACACGUUUUAGUGUGUUGUCAAACAUCAGUAGUUAUGAGUGCAUCAUGGGACGAGUUAUAGUUGUUAACAAAGAAACUGAUGAACGCAGAUGUCCUCAUAUCUGCCUACAACCACACAAAAGUGUGUUAUAAACAUUUUAAUAAUUGUUAUACUGUCUAGAAAUGCUCAAUCUGAUGAAAAAGAAGGAUUAUGUCAAUCCUUCUUUUUCAUCAAGCUUUUUCAAUCAGACAACUGACAAGAAAAUCCCAUUGAUUCAUAUUUAUUGUCUAAACACUCAUACUUUGUUAUGUUCAGCAUGUUUAAUUAUGACUGUUAAUGGACCGGAGUCCAGUGUUUUCAUGGAGCUCCAUAUUUUCCUAAAGAAGUGUAUCAGUAGAACUCCUGUUAAAUGACACAGCAUCUUAGUAUUGCUUUUUUGAAAUGAUUACACAUUUUUGUUUUUAACCUAGAAAACAACUGCAAUCAAAAUAAGGGCUGAUGCUGAUUGAAUAGGUUUCAUAUUAAUACUGAAACUGAUACAUCCUUAUAUUUGUGUGUGUAUCUAUAACAGACCACUUUCUAAAAUGUAUUCGAAAGGUUUUGUUUUUGGAUCACGAAUAAACAUGAUAGUAAACACAGAAACACUUUAA